UCAUCCUCAUCCUGGUCCUCAAGAUCAGACGAGGCACAAAAACACAGAAACCAGUUUGUGCUUUCACCAAACCAACCGUAAUCCAACCAAUCCCUGUGAUGGUUACUGAGCUGGGAGGCACUGUGACUCUCACUUACCUUUGUCCUAAUGUGUCGGUGACCAGAUUUCAUUGGUUCAAGCAGAGUUUUGGACAGGAACCCCUACUCAUGACAUCAUCUCUUUAUGUUGGCCAAGAUAAUUAUUAUUCCAACAACUUUAUCAAGGACUUUACUGAGACCAAACGUUUGGGUGUGAGGAGAGGAGACUACAGCUGUAACUUGACCAUAUCCAACACAGGGCCAGGGGACUCAGCUACAUACUUUUGUUCCACUACAGUCAUCUAUGAGCUCACAUAUGGAGAGGGAACUGUUUUAAUUGUCAAAAAUUCAGAGUCUAACAGCAUAUCUGUGCUCCAGCAGCCUGUGUCUGAGUCAGUCCAGCCAGGAGACUCUGUGACUCUGAACUGUACAAUACACACUGAGACCUGUGUAGGAGAACACAGUGUCUAUUGGUUCAGACAUGGCUCAGGAGAAUCCCAUCCAGGAAUCAUUUACACCCAUGGAGACAAGAGUGAUCAGUGUGGGAAGAGCCCUGAGGCUGGGUCUCCUACACAGAGAUGUGUCUACAACCUCCCCAAGAGGAACCUCAGCCUCUCUGAUGCUGGGACUUACUACUGUGCUGUGGCCCCAUGUGGGGAGAUACUCUUUGGGAACGGGACCAAGUUGGACAUUGAGGGUAUAUGA